GUCCGCUUUCAAAUCAUCUCCAAAGCAUCACAACAAGGUUCUGGCAAAUGGAUGCAAAUGUCAGCACAGUCAUGCAUUGCCAUUGAUCACUGCUGCCCCCUAGUGGCGUCAUGCAAACACACACAUAUACGGUACACUAGGUCCCCAACUUAUGAACAUCCGACUAGCGAACAUUCGCGGAUACGAACUCCAGCCGACUGGUCUAUAUUUUAUUUUAUUUUGCCUUGUAGUCGCUCAAUCAGUAUUUAUACUGCUGCUGUACAUGCUUGACCAGUAGAGGGCACUGUGACACUGCUAAUGGGACCAACAGAGGACGAGUUAGACGCUGGGGAGAUAAAGCAAAAUGGAAAGCUAAAUGAUACAACCCGGACAGAGCGUGUGAUUAAAGUUUAUGAAGAGUUAAUAGGCCUGCUUAAUUCUACACCACCCACAGAACACUACCUCUUUUAGAAGAGUCUAACGACGACCAUUUGUCCUUUUUUUCAAUAACUUCUCCUCCAACUCCUCCACAACGACGUAUGCUCGACCACUCCUCUUCAAAGUGGAACCUCUCACGAGGAACGACGUGCAACCGCCAGCUCCCGGUUCCUCCUCAGGCCACGGCCCCCCUCCUUCCAGCUCAUCCCGUUACCGCGAACGCCGCUCCCGUAGAACUCACCGUAAUGGCGGAACCAGGGAUGACCGCUACAGAUCAGACAUCCACACUGAAGCUGUACAAGCUGCUCUGGCCAAACAUAAGGAGGAGAAGAUGGCGCUGCCCAUGCCUACAAAACGCCGCUCCACCUACGUGCCCUCCCCCAUGGAAACACGAACGCCACCAGACUCCUCCUCGGCCUCUGAAGACGAGAUGUCUGCGCGCCGGCAGUCCAUGGUCGCCCCUGCCCCCCUGCACAAUCCCAACCUGCAGAGCCCCGACUGUUGGAUCACCCGCACCCCCCAGGGCUCCUCCACCUCCUCCUCGGCCUCCUCCACCAUGUCCCAUGGAGAGGGCAAGCCUCUGUCUCAGAACCAGCCUCAGCCUCAGUACAAGCCCCAGUACCAGGCCCUGUACAAGCCCUCGCACCCGCCCCCCUACCCGCCCCAUCCCGAGCCUCACCACGCCCCCGCCUCCGACAUCAUGCCGCACGGUCGCAUUGCCCCCUCUGAAAACAGCGCCCCGCCUCCAGAUGUGACGGCCAUGGCGCUUCCAGCCAGAGGGCCGCGGGUUGACCUGCCGUCCAACGCCACGGUGCGUGGGAUGAGUCGAGGGCAGAGUCGUUCCAGCAUGAUGGAGACUGCAGACGGAAGAAUUAAUCUGCAGAGAGUUCCAGUCAACAGCAGGGUGUCCACCAAGAUCCAGCAACUUCUAAACACCCUGAAGAGGCCCAAGAGGCCCCCCCUCAGCGAGUUCUUCACCGACGACUCUGAGGAGAUAGUAGAAGUGCCCCAGCCGGACCCCAACACACCCAAGCCGGAGGGCCGUCAGAUCAUCCCGGUGAAAGGCGAGCCUCUGGGGGUGGUCAGUAACUGGCCCCCAGCCUUGCAAGCGGCGUUGGCCCGCUGGGGGGCGACGCAGGGGAAAAGCCCUGCCCUCACAGCUCUUGACAUCACAGGCAAAGCGCUGUACACGCUGACUUAUGGGAAGCUGUGGAGCCGCAGCGUGAAGCUUGCGUACACCCUCCUCAAUAAGCUGGGCACCAAGAAUGAGCAGAUUCUCAAGCCAGGAGACAGGGUGGCGCUCGUGUACCCCAACAGUGACCCGGGGAUGUUCUGGGUGGCCUUCUAUGGCUGCCUCCUGGCUGAGGUCAUACCCGUACCCAUCGAGGUGCCGCUGUCUCGUAAGGAUGCGGGCAUCAGCCAGGUGGGGUUCCUCCUCGGUAGCUGUGGUGUUGGCCUAGCACUGACCAGCGAGAUAUGUCUGAAGGGUCUGCCUAAGACUCCCACUGGAGAAAUCAUGCAGUUCAAAGGAUGGCCUCGGAUGAAGUGGGUGAUAACGGACUCCAAGUACCUGACCAAGCCUUCUAAAGACUGGCAGCCGCACAUCCCCACGGCCAACACCGACCCCGCAUACAUCGAGUACAAGGCAAAUAAAGAGGGCACGGUGGUGGGGGUGGCAGUGUCUAAAGUUGCCAUGCUGACCCACUGCCAGGCGCUGACUCAGGCCUGCAACUACUGCGAGGGUGAAACAUUAGUCAAUGUUCUGGACUUUAAGAAGGACAUGGGUCUGUGGCACGGCGUUCUCACGGCUGUGAUGAACAGGAUCCACACUAUCAGUGUUCCCUACGCGGUCAUGAAGGCCUGUCCUCUCUCCUGGGUGCAGAGGGUGCACAUUCACAAAGCUCGUUUGGCUUUGGUGAAGUGCCGGGACCUGCACUGGGCCAUGAUGGCCCACCGGGAGCAGAGAGACAUCAGCCUGGUGUCUCUACGGAUGCUGAUAGUUGCCGACGGUGCCAACCCCUGGUCUGUUUCUUCCUGCGAUGCCUUCCUCAACGUCUUCCAGUCUCACGGGCUGAAGCCCGAGGUCAUCUGUCCCUGCGCCACAUCCCCUGAGGCCAUGACGGUGGCCAUACGCCGGCCUGGAUUACCGGGUGCGCCGCUUCCUGCCCGUGCUGUCCUUUCCCUGGGCGGGCUAAGCCACGGGGUCAUCAGAGUCAACACGGAAGACAAGAACUCGGCCCUCACCGUGCAAGACGUGGGGCAUGUCAUGCCGGGAGCUCUCAUGUGUAUUGUCAGACCGGACGGGCCUCCCCAGCUGUGUAAAACCGAUGAGAUCGGAGAGAUAAUCAUCAACUCCCGAGCCGGAGGCACCAUGUACUACGGCCUGCCCGGUGUCACCAAAAACACCUUUGAGGUGAUCCCGGUCAAUGCUAAUGGAGUCCCCAUCGGAGAGAUUCCGUUUGUGCGGUCAGGACUCUUGGGCUUUGUUGGUCCGGGCAGUCUGAUCUUUGUCGUGGGUAAGAUAGAGGGUCUCCUGCAAGUGAGCGGACGGAGACACAAUGCAGACGACCUGGUGGCCACCGCACUCGCUGUGGAGCCGGUCAAGACUGUGUAUCGGGGGAGGAUUGCUGUGUUUUCAGCCACUGUGUUUUACGAUGAGAGGGUUGUGAUCGUGGCCGAGCAGAGGCCAGACGCUAGCGAGGAGGACAGCUUCCAGUGGAUGAGCCGCGUCCUUCAGGCCAUCGACAGCAUCCACCAGGUGGGGCUGUACUGCCUCGCUCUGGUCCCAGCCAAUACCUUACCAAAAACACCUCUGGGGGGCAUCCACAUCUCCGACACCAAGCAGUUCUUCUUAGAGGGCAACCUGCACCCCUGCAACAUCCUCAUGUGCCCCCACACCUGCGUCACCAACCUACCCAAACCCCGCCAGAAGCAGCCAGUCGGCGUUGGUCCUGCGUCGGUGAUGGUGGGAAACCUGGUGGCAGGGAAGAGGAUCGCCCAGGCGGCGGGCAGAGAGCUGGGCGUGAUUGAGGACCAGGAUCUUGUUCGCAAACUGUGUAUGUGGCCCACCGUCAUGCAUCAGUAUUUGACAGAGGCUCUUCAGUGGAGGGCGCAGACAGAUCCCGACCAUGUUCUCUUUGUGCUUCUGAAUGCCAAGGGUGUGGCUGUGAGCACGGCGACUUGCGUUCAGCUUCACAAGCGAGCUGAGAAGAUAUCUGCGGCGCUCAUGGAGAAAGGCAGCAUCAACACGGGCGAGAACGUGGUGUUGCUUUAUCCUCCUGGGAUUGACUUGAUCGCCUCCUUUUACGGCUGCCUCUAUGCCGGCGUCGUUCCCGUCAACGUCAGACCGCCGCACCCUCAGAACCUGGCGGCCACGCUGCCUACUGUCCGUAUGAUCAUUGAUGUCAGUAAAGCUGCGUGCAUCCUCACGACUCAAAACCUGAUGCGGAUUCUUCGCUCCAAAGAGGCGGCCGCAUCUGUAAACAUUAAAACAUGGCCGACAAUCAUAGACACCGAUGAUCUUCCUCGCCGUCGGCCUCCUCAGAUCUAUAAGCCGCCCACAGCAGAGAUGAUGGCCUAUCUGGACUUCAGCGUGUCCACUACGGGCAUGCUCACUGGAGUCAAGAUCUCGCAUGCAGCGGUGAGCGCACUGUGCCGCUCCAUAAAGCUGCAGUGUGAGCUUUACUCUUCUCGUCAAAUCGCCAUCUGCCUGGAUCCUUACUGCGGGCUGGGCUUUGUCUUGUGGUGCCUCGCUAGUGUUUACUCAGGUCAUCAGUCCAUCCUGAUUCCUCCCUUUGAGCUGGAGAGCUGCUUGUCUCUGUGGCUGAGCACGCUCAGUCAGUACCGCGUCAGGGACACCUUCUGCUCCUACUCUGUCAUGGAGUUCUGCACCAAAAGACUGGGCACGCAAACAGAGUUGCUCAAGGCCCGUGGUGUCAACCUGUCGUGUGUACGAAGCUGCGUGGUGAUCGCAGAGGAACGCCCUCGCCUGGCCCUCACACAUUCUUUCUCCAAACUCUUUAAAGAUCUGGGCUUGUCCACCCGGGCUGUCAGCACCACUUUUGGCUCUCGGGUCAACCUGGCGGUCUGUCUGCAGGGCACCACUGGUCCUGAUCCAUGUACGGUCUACGUGGACAUGAAGUCCCUCCGCCAUGACAGGGUGAGACUGGUGGAGAGAGGAGCUCCUCAGAGUCUUCCACUGAUGGAGUCUGGCAAGAUCUUGCCGGGCGUUCGAGUGAUCAUCGUCAACCCAGAGACCAGAGGCCCGCUGGGGGACUCUCAUCUGGGAGAGAUUUGGGUGAACAGCCCUCACAAUGCCAGCGGUUACUACACCAUCUACGGAGAGGAGAGUCUUCAGGCCGACCACUUCAACACCAAGCUGAGCUUCGGAGACCCGCACACGUUAUGGGCCAGAACCGGAUACUUGGGCUUUGUGAAGAGGACCGAGCUUCUUGACGCCAGCGGAGAUCGGCACGAUGCUCUUUUUGUGGUGGGAUCGCUGGACGAGACCCUGGAGCUUCGCGGCCUUCGCUACCACCCCACCGACAUCGAGACCUCUGUCUCUCGCGCCCACCGCAGUAUCGCUGAAAGUGCUGUGUUUACGUGGACCAACCUUCUGGUGGUGGUAUCGGAGCUGUGCGGGUCGGAGCAGGAUGCGCUGGACCUGGUGCCUCUGAUAACAAACGUGGUCCUGGAGGAGCACCACCUCAUCGUGGGCGUGGUGGUCAUUGUGGACCCUGGGGUCAUACCCAUCAACUCCCGGGGAGAGAAGCAACGAAUGCACCUUCGGGACUCCUUCUUGGCGGACCAGCUGGAUCCCAUUUAUGUCGCCUACAACAUGUGAGGCGGUCUAGGCCUCCUGGUGUGUGCUGGAGCGGCCAUGUUUGAAUAUUCACUGUGUUUUAUUGAUGUGCAAAUCAGCCCCAGGCAGCAAAACCAAACUGCCAGGAGCCCCCCCAAAAAAGCCUUUGUUCAAUUGCACUUUUUACGUAAAGAGCCCGUCACCCCAACACUUUGGAAAUUCCAUGUACUUGUUUUGACAUAAAUAAAAUCUACAUUACAUUCCAGGAGCUUUCACAGUAACACACACACGUGCACACCCGUGCACACAUGCACACGUGCUUCCCCACAAUCACCGAAAAACAAAACACACAAAAAGAUGCAAAUCAUCAAACUAGCUUCUUGUUUGAUGCUGCGUUUACACUUGUCAUGUUUGGUUGGCUUCUGAUUUAAGAUGAUUCAUAUCUUCAUUGCCGAUACCAAUAUCAGCAGCAUAAAUGAUGGCUGUCCAGUAGCUGACUAUGUCCUGCUAUUAGUCCACAAAUACUGCUGUUAGAAGUCACAUGUAGUAUUGCCUGAGUGGUCACUAGGUGUCAGUAAUGUUCCAUUGAUGAGACAUUAGCUUAGCUUGCGCUGCAUGAUGAUGCAGCAUCCUUCCAUGGCGACCUUUUUCACUUCUUACUUUGUCUUUUUUCACCACAUCCUUAUUUAAAGGGAUAGGUGGGAUGUUUUGACAUCCCCAUCAGCAGUGUAGGCCAUCAACGGUGACUUUCUCUAUGCUAAUAUGCAAGUUAUGUCUUAUUAUCGCUUAUCAAUCCUACUAUAUUAGGUGAUAUGAGUAUUAAGGUGGGGCCAAGUGGUUAGCAUGUUGGCCACGCAGUCGGGAGGUUGGGAAAAUCUGGGUUCUCCGGGUACUCCGGCUUCCUCCCACAUUCCAAAAACAUGCAUGUUAGGUUCGUUGGUGACUCUAUAGGGGUGUUACUUCAUCUAAUAAUUGUACAAUUGUAAAAUCAAUUGUAAAAAAAACAUUUGUAAAAGGUCAUAAACAGGUUUGCGAUGUUCUGACUACAAAAGUAUUACAUUAAUUCAUAUUGAAUCCUACUUCUCAGAAAUUCACUUAUCACAGUCAGGUCUGGAACCAAUUCACCACCAUAAACGAUGGACGACUGUUUAGGUUUAGGACAGGAAGUAAAAAGACCAACAACAAGGAACUCUCCAAUACUAACACACGAGUCUAUUUAAUGUCUGAAACGUCUUAUUUGGUCUUAUUAUGUCUACUAUAUUGGUAGUAGGAGUGUAAAGGUGACUAUAGGGGUGCUAUUUCAUGCCUAGAGGGCUCUAAUAAUGUUAAAAAGCAAAACUUGGAAGCAAUUCCAAAGCGCAGACAUACUGAGCUUGUACGACUUCAUCACUCGCGUGGUGAUAUCGUUAUUGGCACCCAGCAAACAAGCUCUCGAAUACGAAGCAUACGCGGAACAGAAUGACAAACAUGGUAAAGAUGGUCUAUGUGUGACGACGGACGUUUUUAAAAGUAUAUUUUACAAGCUUUUCAUGCAGUCUCAGCUAAGCUACUGUAUGUUUUAGUGUGGAAUAUUUGAGUUACAUCACGUAAUGUCACAAAGGUGGAAACACUAAGUGAACCGCCCCAAGUACACGCCAACUUUGUUUUUCUUCCUUCCAAACCACAAGUGUGAAUGCAGCAUUCGUUUGCUUAUUUAGCUAACUUCCGUGUCCUGAGAUAUAAAAAAAAAAUCCCAAUCAUGCCCUAAUAUUUCAUAUAUAAUCUACUAUUUCCUGCCUUAUGAAGUUCCACAUUCCUCUCCCGGCUUUUGUAAAGGCUGUUUCUUUUCCUUUGGCUUGAAAAGGUGUUAGAAAUCCUGACAAGGGUGCAAAUAAAAAGCCCUCUUUGUAUUUUAGAUACUCUUCUGGAAGUGUAAAUUCAUGUUUUUAAUUGUACAAAUGUAUCAAGUGUGACUUCCGUGGACUGUAAAUAAGAGAGAAGAGCUCUGUGACGGAGGCUUCAUGUUGCACUUUCUUCACACACAACAGAAGUCUAUUUUGUUACACUAAUGAGGCAUUGUGUUCAUCAUCUUGCUGGUGAGUUUACAGCGAGGGCUGUUGCUGUUUAAGGCCAUAAAGAAUUCCAAAGUGUAAAUGAGCAGCACUUCAACGCGCCUUUCUACCUUCACAGCACUCAAAGCGCUUUACUGUACUGUACACCGUUGCCUCGCUCAGCCAAUCGCACGCCAGUAGAGGUUUAAGACGGGAAAGAAGCAAAUAAAUGCGGCUGUUUACGGGCUGCCAGGUUAUUCAUGCAGAAGACGUUCAUCACGUUCGCUUUGGAAUGAUGCACAAUGACAUAAUAAUGACAAUUCCAGCUAGCUUGUUUCUGAUAUUAGUGUUUGGGUUCUUCACUGGGUUCAGCGUCUGGAUCUGGAAGCUCUUGUAGCAAAGUGAUUUGCAUCAAAGGCAUGCGCUUUUUUUGCUCUCUUUGCCGUCCUUUGUACUGGAAUUAUAGAAUGAUGUGAAACCCUUAGCCUCUUCUUACAUGGAUAUCAACUUAACACCAUAUUGGAAAUGCAUACUGUAUGUCAUCUCCUGUCUUUUUGACCUCAUUUCUACAUUCCCUUUCCAUUUUAAAAGAUUGCAUGGAAGAAAUACACUCUUGAUCCAAACGUUAAGAGCAGUUGUGAAGAAUGCACAUUUUGCACUGUUGGACCUUAAGGAGGUUCUAAGUAGAGAUUGAAAAUGCAAAAAGAAGAAAAAAGCAAUUUAUUGCAAAGAAGCGUUCAAGUGAAGUCGGCUGUUCAUCAGCUCCUCAAAAGUUUCAAAGGCAAAAUGUGGAUCGAAUGUGAUUUAGUGUCGGGUAGUCACACUGUCAUGAUCUCUUGAUGGCAAAGGCAAUAAAGCUUUCUGUCUUUGAGGGCGGUGGGAUUGUUGAGCUGCAUAAGCAAGGCCUCUGGCAGUGCGACAUUGCUGCUGAGGUUGGACGCAGUAAAAGCCACUGAACAGGCAGCUUAGCAAACAUUUGUACUUUUUCACAUCUACGACAACCAUCAAAGGCCCCCCUUUACUUUGGAACCAACAUCAUCCAUGUGGAUGCAGAGAAAAAUCUUAUUUUUUUUAGCGAGCCUCUGAAGGCCAGCGUUUAAAGGGUUAACGUUGCAGCAGAAUGCUUGCAUGACUCCAGAAUGAAUUGUGAGGUGCGGAAGUGGAGAAAAACAGAUAUAUAUAUAUAUAUAAGGACAUAUAUAUAAACAUAUAUAUAUAUAUAUAUAUAUAUAUAUAUAUAUAUAUAUAUAUAUAUAUAUAUAUAUAUCAGUAUGGGGAGAGUGUGUAUAUAUAGGUAUGUAUGUAUGAAAUAUUCAGGGAAUAAAACUAACACAGGGAUGGUGGACCAGGUGGUCCCCUGGUGCAAAUACUGAAAUCAUAUUUAGGAGGAGGGCUUACUGUCCAGCUCUCGUCUGCCCGCGUCGCUACCACGUCGACAUUUUGGUUCUCCUGCUCUUCUGACGUCAACUCCUACACACUAUGCAAACCUGACGACGUCUUGUGAACCACGCUGAUACGUUUUUGAAUAACCAUGAAGUCACUGGUAAAGUUUUAGAAUAAUUGUUUGUUUGAGUUGCUCUGUUGAUAUUGUGUAUGCUCCCCUCAGCAUGUUGUAGAAAUAUGACCUAUUUGAUGACUUCUUAGCUUGUCCUUGAAACACAAAAGGAGGCAGUUCAACUCACUGUAGUCCACUAAUAUCCCCCCCAUUUCUUCUCACUUAUUGGAUCAUUUGCUUGCUUGUACUUUUGUUUUAUACUUUAUGUCAAAGUAAUAAAAAUGAAUAAAGCAAAGCAUUUACUGUAAGUGUCUUGCUGUUGUACCACUUCC